AUGGAUGACUUCGAUGUGGUGUCGGGAAUUGAGUUUCAGCGCAGAGAAGGGGGCCAUCCCGAUUCCAAGAACGGGGAAUCUCUCGAUCAUGGAAGAGCAUCGGGAACACUUGACAACGGUGUUUCGAAGUUGAGGAAGGAACAAUUGUAUGUAAAGCGCGAGAAGUGUUCUUUCGCUCGGGGAAAAGUAUCAAGUUCCCGGGUCAUAUUGUGGAACACGGAAAAUCCGUAUGGACAUGGAAAAGGUGCGGGCGAUCCAAGAGUGGACGACCCCAACCAGAUGAAACAACUUCGCUCGUUUCUCGGUCUAGCCAAUUACUAUAGAAGAUUUGUGGAGGGCUAUUCUAGAAGAGCGACACCCAUGUUAUUGAAGAAGGGUGUUACAUGGACGUGGUCCGAGAAGUGCGAAGAAGCUUUUCGAAGUCCGAAAGAAGCCAUGGUCGAAGAUCCCGUAUUAGCCCCGCCCGAUGUAUGCAAGCCUUUGAAGUACGGAUCGACGCGUCGAUUAUGCUUUAGGAGGGGUACUCGUGCAGAGGGCCACCCCGUGGCAUUUGAGAGCCGCAAACUUUCCGAAGCAGAAGGCGGUACCGCGCAAGAGAAAGAGCUCUUGGCAGUUAUUCAUUGA